UGAAAGGUACUCGAAACAGAAUAAAUCUGCGAGAACGGCGGCAACAGCAGCAGCAGCAACAGCAGCGGCGGCGUUUGCAGUAGCCGACGGACAGCAAAAUUCAAGUGCCGAAUAAGAUGGACAUUGAAACAGAUCAGUCUAUCGAAGCAAUGGAUACCCAGGAUACCCAAGAGGUCGAGAUAAUCACAAGCGACCUACAGCAGCAGCAACAACAACAGCAGCAGCAACAAACCAACUCGCCGCCACAAUUGCCAAAGUUUAAAAAUCUAAUUCAUCCGCAGCAGCAGCAGCAACAGCAACAACAGCAGCAGCAGCCGCAGCUACCCAGUGAGAACGGCAACGUGCCGCCACAGCAAUUGUUAGCCGAGAGCAGCUCCACAUCAUUUGGCAACGAACAAGAGAUGCCAAUGGAUGACGAAACCAAGGAGGAUCAAUUCCGCUCGGAGACAACGUUUUCCUAUACCGUGGAGAAUGUUGGACAGCUUAAGCAGCAGCAUCUAUCGCCGCCCGUUUAUGUGCGCAUGCUGCCAUGGAAGAUCAUGGUCAUACCGAAUGAUCGUGCGCUCGGCUUCUUUUUGCAGUGCAACGGAGAGAACGAUUCGCCGACCUGGUCGUGCAAUGCAAUUGCCGAGCUGCGUCUGAAGUGCCACAAGCCGGAUGCGCCGCCGUUUACGCGCGCUCGCAUCAAGCAUUUGUUCUACUCGAAGGAGAAUGACUAUGGCUAUUCGAAUUUCAUCACCUGGCAGGAGUUGCAGGAUCCAGAUAAAUGCUAUGUCCACAAUGGCAGCAUUACGCUCGAGGUGCACGUCAUUGCCGAUGCACCGCACGGUGUACUUUGGGACUCCAAGAAGCACACCGGCUAUGUGGGCCUGAAGAAUCAGGGCGCCACUUGCUAUAUGAACUCGUUGCUCCAGACGCUAUAUUUCACAAAUUCACUACGCUUGGCCGUCUAUCGCAUCCCAACUGAGGCCGAUGAUAGCACCAAGUCGGUGGGCUUGUCGCUGCAGCGCGUCUUCCACGAGUUGCAGUUCGGCGAUCGUCCGGUCGGCACCAAGAAGCUAACUAAAUCCUUUGGCUGGGAAACUCUCGACUCGUUCAUGCAGCACGAUGUCCAGGAGUUUCUGCGCGUACUUCUCGACAAGCUCGAAUCGAAAAUGAAGGGCACCUGCCUGGAGGGCACCAUUCCCGGCCUAUUCGAGGGCAAAAUGUCAUCGUACAUUAAAUGCACAAAUGUCGAUUAUAACAGCACACGCUACGAGACCUUCUACGAUAUUCAGCUAAAUAUCAAAGACAAGAAGAACAUCUUCGAAUCAUUUCAGGACUAUGUCGCCUCCGAGACACUCGAAGGCGAUAACAAAUACGAUGCUGGUGUCCAUGGUCUCCAGGAGGCGAGCAAGGGCGUCAUAUUCACAUCAUUCCCGCCUGUGCUGCAUUUGCAUUUGAUGCGUUUCCAAUAUGAUCCAAUUACCGAUAGCUCGAUCAAAUAUAACGAUCGUUUCGAGUUCUAUGAACAGAUCAAUUUGGAUCGCUAUCUGGCCGAGCAUGAGAAGACGCCGGCCGAUUAUGUGCUGCACGCUGUCCUCGUCCAUUCCGGCGACAAUCAUGGCGGGCAUUAUGUGGUCUUCAUCAAUCCGAAGGCCGACGGACGUUGGUUUAAGUUUGAUGACGAUGUCGUCUCCAGUUGCCGCAAGCAGGAGGCCAUCGAUCAGAACUAUGGCGGCAUGGAUGAUGAGAUCUCGUUUCAUGCCAAGUGCAGUAAUGCAUACAUGCUUGUCUAUAUACGGCACUCGGAACUGGAUCGUGUGCUGGGCGAUAUACCCGAGAGUGAGAUCUCUAGCGAUCUGGUGGAACGACUCGAUUUGGAGAAACGCAUCGAGAUGGCGCGACGCAAGGAGCGCAGCGAGGCCAAUCUCUAUGUGCCCAUUCACGUCAUACUCGAGGAGUACUUUGAGUCUCAGCAGAAGCGUCGCCUGUUCGAUCUGGAGAAGACGCACCAGCGUCCAUUCAAGCUAAAGCAAAACCAAACCGUUAACGAGAUGGUCGAGAUGCUGGUGAAGGCAUUCGGCGUGCCGCGCAAUCGCAUGCGCAUGUGGAACAUGUGCACGGCCCAGACACAAAAGUUCCUGUACUUUGAUUUCGAGGCGGAGGCGACACGCACCAUCGAACAGAUACCCACAUCGCAGAAGCCGUGGGUCAUAUUCCUUGAGCUGGCACCGCCCGACAGCAGCGAGCCGCUGAUGCCGUUCAAUCCCAAAACGGAUGUGCUUCUAUUCCUCAAGUAUUACGAUGCGCGAAACAAGCGCCUCAAUUACAUCGGCUGCACUCAGCAGCCGUUAACACGCCGUCUCAGCGACCUGGUGCCGGAGAUCAAUCGGAAGCUCGGCUUCGAUCUGGACACCGAGCUGACCGUGUUCGAUGAGUAUGCCGAUAAGAAGAUCGCCAAUAUAAACGAGCCCAUCGAGAAUGUGCUCUAUAUGCCGCAGGAUCAUCUGCAGGGUCCCAUAUUGAUAUUCGAACGGGAGAAUGUGGAUGUUAAGCUAGAUUUGCCCACCGUUGAGGAUUACUUCUUGGAUCUGGUCUAUCGCAUCGAGAUCAUAUUCAGCGACAAAUGCAACCCAAAUGAGCCGGACUUUACGCUCGAACUGUCGAAUCGCUACAAUUACGAUCAACUGACCAAUGCCGUCGCCGAACGCCUCAACACCGAUCCCCAGAAGCUGCAGUUCUUCAUGUGCAUCAGCAACUACAAGGAGACCGCCGGCAAUGCGGUGCCCUACACCUACAAGGGUACCAUCAAGGAUCUGCUGUCGUACACGAAGCAGAGCACGCCGAAGCGCAUUUUCUAUCAGAGACUGUCCCUGAGCAUACACGAGCUGGAUAACAAAAAGUUGUUCAAGUGCAUUUGGGUCUCCAAUGACCUGAAGGAGGAGAAGGAGCUGGUGCUGUAUCCGAAUAAGAAUGAUACCGUGAAGGGUCUGCUCGACGAGGCGGCCAAGACGAUCACAUUCGCUGAGAAUAGUCGCAAGAAGCUGCGCCUGAUGAAGGUCGGCAAUCAUAAGAUUGUGGCCAUCUGCAAGGACGACAUACCGCUGGAGACGCUGAUGAAGACCAAUGAGUCGAUAACCACCACACAGGGCACUCAGAAGGUCUAUCGCAUCGAGGAGGUGCCGGCCGAUGAGGCACAGCUGGCCGAGAAUGAGCUGCUCAUACCGGUGGCACAUUUCAGCAAGGAGCUGUACAAUUCGUUCGGUGUGCCGUUCCUAACCAAGGCCCGCCAUGGCGAGCCAUAUGGUGCACUCAAGCAGCGCAUCCAGAAGCGACUCAAUGUACCGGACAAGGAGUGGGAGAACUACAAGUUCGCCGUUAUCACAAUGGGCCAUACCAUCGAUGUGAACGAUAAUACCCCCGUUGAUCUGGAGGUCUAUCGCACCUGGACUGGCGGGCAGUUGCCGUUCUUCGGACUGGAUCACAUCAACAAAUCGCGCAAGCGCAGCUCGCUCAAUUUCUCCGAGAAGGCAAUCAAAAUCUACAACUAAAUUAACAGCACCAGCAACAACAAUAACAAAGA